AUGCAGGGUCGUUUAUCUGCUUGGCUAGUCAAGCAUGAGCUAGUUCAUAGAUCUUUGGGCUUCGAUUACCAAGGAAUAGAAACUUUACAAAUUAAAUCCGAAGAUUGGUACUCCAUUGCUGUCAUUUCAUAUGUAUAUGGUUACAAUUACCUACGUUCUCAGUGUGCUUAUGAUGUAGCACCAGGAGGAUUAUUAGCUAGUGUGUAUCAUCUUACGAGAAUACAAUAUGGUGUGGAUCAACCAGAAGAGGUAUGUAUAAAAGUAUUUGCCCAAAGGAGGAAUCCUAGAAUCCCGUCUGUUUUCUGGAUCUGGAAAAGUUCUGAUUUUCAAGAACGGGAAUCUUAUGAUAUGUUGGGAAUCUAUUAUGAUAACCACCCACGCCUGAAACGUAUCUUGAUGCCUGAAAGUUGGAUUGGUUGGCCCCUACGCAAGGAUUAUAUUGCCCCUAAUUUCUAUGAGAUACAGGAUGCUCAUUGA